GGAGGUUGCAGAGGUCGGCGGAGGCCAGGUGGUAGGCGGCCUCCUCGCGGGCCGAGCCGGCGAGCGGGGUCCGCCCUCGGAGGGCGUGGUCUGCUUUCUGUGUGUAGGCCACCCCUUUGGCUGCUUCGUGGACUCCAGGCUGUGGGGACAAAAGAGGAAGCUCCGCGAUAACGGAAGAUAACGUGGCUGAGACUGUGGUUGUGGAAGGGGAAGUGAAGAAAAGAGGACGGGUCCAGAAGUCAUUGGUGGUGGAGCUGACAGGGCAGGAUUUGAGGACUGAGGGCCAGAGAGGGUCAAGUGUUCCUCAUCUCUGAUGUGUGCAUUUGGUUUAAGUAACUGCAUUACACCUCAACUUUGCAUAUCAAAGUUGGAGUAGGUUGGGGACAUGGGGAGUAAUUUAGAUGUAUUCUUAGGGCAUCUUAAGAUCUAGAUGUCUGGAGUGGACGCUUAGAUACACAAGCCUGCACUCACAGGAAAGCUUGGCUAAUGUAAAGACAUCACUGGCAAGUGGUUUGGGUUGGAUGCAGUACUUAGGAUGAGAAUGAAGAAAGAAGAGAAGCCAGGAUCCGACCCUCAGGUGCCAACUCUUACACGUUGAGUUAAAGAGGGGGUGUCAGCUAGAAGACUGAAGAAGGAGCGGAGAAGAGCAGGAGACAAGCCAGAGAUUGUAGGGUCUUGGCGUUCGAGUCCUCUUUGUAGAAAGAGGAAGUGGUCAGUGUAUAAGAGGAGAACAGAGAGUUGGCCCUUGAGGGGGCAACUGGAGGAAGGUGUAGUAACUCAGAAGCAGUCGGGACAGGAAGUGAGAGGAGGUCAGUAGGAGUGGGCUGUCAGUGCAGGGCCCCUGGGGAAGUGUUGCUGUAACUGGACGCCAUCCAGCAUCAGUGCUGUAUGUACCUAAUGCCGUUGACUCCUUUCCCAGGAGCUAGAUGGUUCUGUCUCCCGUUACAGUUGGAGAAACUGAGUUCCAGAGUCUACUCAUUUAGAGUAGAAGCAUUAGGAUUUGCUCCAGGUCUCUAACUUCAAACCUGUACUUUUAAGCACUAGGCUGCACCGCUGUGUGAGGUUGUGAAAAUGGAGGGCAGCCAGGUGCUACGACAGUGCACAGCCCUACCCCCACUGUGGCUGCUGCUCCCCAGGGAAAGUGAGGCACACUGGAAUUCCUCUCUUGGGCAAGUGAGAUUUGGAAAAGAGCAUUUAACCCCCAGAACUGGGGUCCUUUGAGCCCUGGACCAGCUAACCAUGGAACAGGUCGGCCUGGGCCACCAGCCCCUUAGGUGAGGACUCCACCGGGGCCCACUGACCAUUCCAAACAUGGAGGCGAAGAGAACCCUUCCAGCCAGGGCAUCUGCUUGUUGAAAGUCGUGGUCCAGCGCCGCUCCUCUGUGAGCUGUCUUCAGGAGAGGUGCUGUCCCGUGGCCCAGGAGCAGGGGCACGCAGCCUCCGCGGAUGGGGAGGUGGGCCCUUGACGUGGCCUUUGUGUGGAAGGCAGUGUUGACCCUGGGGCUGGUCCUUCUCUACUACUGCUUCUCCAUCGGCAUCACCUUCUACAACAAAUGGCUGACGAAGAGCUUUCACUUCCCCCUCUUCAUGACGAUGCUGCACCUGGCCGUGAUCUUCCUCUUCUCCGCCCUGUCCCGGGCGCUGGUUCAGUGCUCCAGCCACAGGGCCCGCGUGGUGCUGAGCUGGACCGACUACCUCAAAAGAGUGGCCCCCACAGCACUGGCAACAGCACUUGACGUGGGCUUGUCCAACUGGAGCUUCCUCUACAUCACCGUCUCGCUGUACACAAUGACCAAGUCCUCGGCUGUGCUGUUCAUCUUGAUCUUCUCUCUGAUCUUCAAGCUGGAGGAGCUGCGUGCGACCCUGGUCCUGGUGGUCCUCCUCAUCGCUGGGGGCCUCUUCAUGUUCACCUACAAGUCCACCCAGUUCAACGUGAAGGGCUUCUCCCUGGUGCUGGGGGCCUCGUUCAUCGGUGGAAUUCGCUGGACCCUCACCCAGAUGCUCCUGCAGAAGGCUGAGCUGGGCCUCCAGAACCCCAUCGACAGCAUGUUCCACCUGCAGCCACUCAUGUUUCUGGGGCUCUUCCCUCUGUUUGCCAUAUUUGAAGCUCUGCGGAGGCAGCCCAAGCUGGAUGUCCUGCAUUGUCUGCACUUGUCCACAUCUGAGAAAAUCUUCCGCUUCCAGGACACAGGGCUGCUCCUGCGGGUACUUGGGAGUCUCUUCCUUGGCGGGAUUCUUGCCUUCGGUUUGGGUUUCUCAGAGUUCCUCCUGGUUUCCCGAACCUCCAGCCUCACUCUCUCCAUUGCUGGCAUUUUUAAGGAAGUCUGCACUUUGCUGCUGGCAGCUCACCUGCUGGGUGAUCAGAUCAGCCUCCUGAACUGGCUGGGCUUCGCCCUCUGCCUCUCGGGAAUAUCUCUGCACGUGGCCCUCAAAACUCUACACUCCAGAGGUGAAGGUGGAUCCAGACCCCUGAAGGGGCUGAGCUCCAGCCCUGACCUGGAGCUGCUGCUCCGGAGCAGCCAGCCAGAGGAUGAGGACAACGAGGAGGAAGACUACUUCAUGGCCCAGGGGCAGCAGUGAGGGGCCAGCGGAGCAACUUGGGUGCAGGCUACUCUGUGACCAGCGCUGCUCUGAGCAUUUGGCAGCAGCCCAGGGCCCUGUGGCUCUUCACAGCAGCUGGGAGCAGUGGCCUGAGAGUCACCUGUGGCGGGCUAGGUCAGGGGCGUGUGGCUCCUACCCCUCCCUCAGAGCUUGGUCAACAGGGUGACACCAGGCCAGCCUCGGCCUGGCUGGAGCUCGCCCACGCUGUGCUGGGAUCCUGGUGGAGAAGAAAGUGGUGGGUCCUUCUAGGCCCUUGGCCAGGCCCUGCCCAAGACUGAUGUCAGAAGCACAGCGGCCUUCUAGGGGGGCUGACUUUGGACUGCAGGGCAGUGGGGGUGUGAUGGUGUUGGGCCUCAUCACCUGGACUGCAUCUUUCUCAGCAGAUUUAUUUAUACUUUGGAAAUAAAUGGGUUUAUGGUCCAGUG